CCAAUACGGUCACGGCAACUGUUGCACAUGCGUACUUGCAUGUUUUUAUUUGCGACACUACGAUACGCCACACGGCAGCGAGUAAAACGUGAAGGUGGAAAAGGAGAAAAGAAGAUCCGCAUUCAAGCUAGUCCGCCUUAAGACGUUUACAUAAACGUGAUCGGCCACAUUUGUUUGUGACAUGGCAAACCCUUUAAAGGGUGAAGUUAUCAAACUGUACAAAACUCUGCUGUAUCUUGGCCGUGAGUACCCAAAAGGAGCAGCUUAUUUCAGAGAACGACUAAAGCAUGCGUUUAUGAAGAACAAAGAUGAGACUGACCCUGAGAAAAUCAAACAGCUGGUUGCCAGAGGAGACCACGUCAUCAAAGAGCUGGAGGCCCUUUAUUUCCUCAGAAAAUAUCGGGCCAUGAAGAAGCGCUACUAUGACCCCGAGAAAUGAGAACAAACUAUAUUUUUCAUACAAAAGAGACAUGGAGACGAGGAGAAAUAAGCUGCAAUGUAAUUACUGUUCUCUUCACAAUUUUAAAUAAACCCUACUAAGUAAAUAUCCUAAUGUUGUCUGCAGAAAACCCCAAAAGUUGGUUUUCAAAAAAAAUCUACUUUUUACAUGUUUCUUUAUUGUUUUUUAGCUAAAGAUGUAUGUAACUUUAAACUCUGAAAACACAAAUGCAGCUUUAGAUGAUGAAGCCUCUUCUUGACUUAGUACGUCAAUCUGUCCUAAAUAUCUGAUCUCUGUCUCCACUGGCCAUAAAUCUUUUCUCCUGAAGUCGCUCAGGUUGUGCACUAGAACUUGGACUCCAGUUAAGCUUAAGUUUUGGUGCAAUCAGGCUUUCUUUAUAUUUUUUUAACUCACGUUCUUGUUUUUGUCAGAAUGUAAUUAUUAAGACUCAAAGAGCUGUGUGACCUCCGUUAUCGGUGCAUUGUUAAGCUGAAAUGUCUGCCUUUUGUAUAAUGAAGCGCUUUGAAUUGUAAUGUAGUUCUGUAUUAACACAUAUUUAUAUGAAUGUGGUCCAGUUGCUUGGAAAGUUAAUGUCCUAUAGUGUAUCAAAGGACUAUUCACAGGUAAUAAAUGUUUUUAAUGCUAAAAUAUUGAACCCAUUUCAUUUCAAUAGCAGCUAAGAGGAAAGCUAAAGGAGCUUGGCGUUUUUACUGAUUAUCUGUCUCAUAAUAUAUGGUCACAACAUGGUGACAGUUUUAAAAAUGAUCUAAAAAACAAAAGUUACAUGCAGCAUCAUCAAUUCAGUCUGGAUUUGCAGGCACCGGUUCAUAACACCAAAUGCUGUGAAAUUACAAUUUUUGUAUUAUUUUCUAAGUAGUAGUUAUUUUAGUAGCUUUGGAGGCUUAAUGGUCUUGAAUUGAAACAUCUGCAAUAGUGUGUAAAGAUGUUUGUACCCUUUUAAUUCAUCUGUCAAGUUGCAGCCACGAAGCUAUAUCUAUUUUAUUCCAAUUUUAUAUGAAAAACUAAAAAGGCAGUAGAGCAAAAUGGAAAAAGUAAAUAAAGAAAAGCAUGAGAC